CUCUCUGUCUCAAUUCAUUCCGAUCGUGCCUGAUCGUCCUUUGCGUACCACGAUCCUAUCGCACAUCACGAUGGCGGCAGAAGCGCUCCUCGUUUUGGCCGCGGUGUUCAUGUCGAUUACCGUGCUUUUUGUGGCCAUGCGUCUCUUCACACGCCUAGUCUUCAUGAAGAACAUGGGGCCUGACGACUACCUGAUAUGCGUUGCAGUAAUCUUUGCAAUUGUUUGCUCGUCAACUCCUAUAGCAGCGAUCAAGUAUGGCCUGGGAAGCCCUAUUAAAGAUCAGACGCCAGGAGAAGUCGCACCAUAUCAGAAGCUCACCCUCACAUCUUCGGUGUCAUACAGCUUCUCUGCCUUGUUCAUCAAACUUUCGCUCUUGACCUUCUACACCCGACUAUCACCAGAACGGAGCUUUCUCAUUAUGGUGUACGUGGCCAUGUUUAUCGUAACGGGUUUUGGUAUCGGCAGUAUCGUAGCCGUACUCGUACAGUGCAUACCACUCUCUAUGCUCUGGAACCCGAACCAAGAGGGCCAUUGUUUCCACAUAAUCAACUUCUACUACGCCAACGCGGCUUUGAACAUCAUCACCGAUGUUGGCAUCCUCCUCCUACCGAUGAAGCUUCUCUGGGGCUUGCACAUGCCUAUCAGGCAGCGCAUCAGUUUGUGCGGGCUAUUUGGACUUGGUAGUCUGGUCUGCGUCGCCAGCGUCGUCCGUCUCGCGACCUUAAAAAGCAUAAUCCAUUCCACCGACGCCACUAGGGACCUCGUCAGUCCUCUCACCUGGUCUAUCGUCGAACUCCACACGGCCAUCUUCAUCGCCUGUGCGCCCGCCUUCAAAGCCUUCCUGCGCCGCUACGUGCCCACUCUCCUCGGCUCCUCCUACAAUGUGUCAGGCCCCACAAAGUACGGCUCCAAAUCGCGUCAAACGAAGCAGAAUUCUGUGCCGCUGGGCAGUAUCAGCCACAACAAGAGCGGGACGGGGACUGGAUUGGGGUCGAAGUGGGCGAACAACGGGACCACGAGUGUGCGCGCAACCGGCCCCGAGGAUAACGAGAGCCAGGAGCAUAUCUAUCAGAGCUACCACGGGAUUCUGCAAGAGGUGACGGUCACGGUGGCGAGUGAGCGGCGGAGUCAGGAUGAGGCGAGUAGUCGGCGGUCGAUUGACAAAGCUGACUUCUAGGUCAGAAAAGGGGGAGAGAGGGCGUGAUGUGUGCAUGAUUGAUAUCUAUGGCGGCUUGUAUUUGCAGAACUUUUGGGCGUUCGAGCUUUUUUCGGG